AUGGGAGUGCCAAGCGACGACGCGGUUUUGAUCGAGAAAGGAAAGAAGGCAGGAGAGCCUCACGUGAUCACCGUUAAUUGUCCCGACAAGACCGGCCUUGCCUGCGAUAUUUGCAAUAUAAUUCUUGACUUUGGAUUUUACAUUACCAAAGGAGAUGUUUCAACUGAUGGGAAAUGGUGCUACAUAGUAGUCUGGGUGGUUCCUCGUGCACGGUCCAUUAUAAGAUGGACUAAUUUGAAGAACCGACUUUUAUAUGUAUGUCCUUCAUGGUCGGUCUCCUUUUACUGGAACCAGCAGCAGCCUGCGCAAUCGAAGUCCUGUCCAGUUUACUUAUUGAAGUUUGUUAGUCUCGACAGGAAAGGAUUAUUGCAUGAUGUUACUCAGGUUUUAUGUGAGCUGGAGCUAACAAUUCAGAGAGUCAAAGUUACUACAACCCCAGAUGACAGAGUCUUGGACCUCUUUUUCGUAACUGAUAACAUGGAUCUACUACACACUAAGAAACGACAAGAUGAGACGUGUGAGCAAUUGCAUGCUGCACUAGGUGAAUCAUGUAUCAGUUGUGAACUGCAGUUGGCAGGUCCGGAUUAUGAAUGUCUUCAGGGCAUGUCUUCUCUUUCUCCUGUGAUUGCAGAGGAAUUAUUUCAUUGUGAGAUAUCAGAUAAAGAAAUCCAUUCACAAGCUCUUAGCCCAGAUAUGACAAAAUUGAGAAAGACCCAAGUAAUGAUAGACAAUUCACUGAGCCCUGCUCAUACGCUGCUUCAAGUACAUUGUGUUGAUCACAAGGGUCUCCUUUAUGAUGUUAUGAGAACUUUAAAAGACUGCAAUAUACAGCUAGCUUAUGGUCGAUUCUUACCGGUGACCAAUGGCUAUCGUGAUUUGGAUCUAUUUAUUCAGCACAAGGAUGGAAAAAAGAUAGUGGAUACCGAGAAGCAAAGUACCUUGUGUUUCCAUUUGAAGGUUGAAAUGCUUCAUUCAUUGCGUGUGAUUAUAGCAGACCGAGGACCUGACACUGAACUUCUAGUUGCUAAUCCAGUCGAGCUAUCUGGAAAGGGAAGACCUAGAGUUUUCUAUGAUGUUACACUUGCUCUACAAGCGCUUGGGAUCUGCAUAUUUUCGGCUGAAAUAGGAAGAUAUUCAACCUUGGAUCGCGAAUGGGAGGUGUACAGAUUUCUACUAGCGGACGACUGCAAAUUUCAGUUAUCAAAUAUGGUGGCUAGAAAUCAGAUUGUAGAUAGAGUUCGAAGAACACUGAUGGGUUGGUGA